GACAACAAGAUGGCGGCGGCGGGGCCGGCGGGCCCCGAGAGCCGGGUGUUGGGCUACACCCUGCACCGCUGGAGCAGCUUCUCCUCCACCUACCUGCCCGAGAAUAUCUUGGUGGACAAGCCCAAUGAUCAGUCCUCAAGAUGGUCUUCAGAAAGCAAUUAUCCUCCCCAGUAUUUGAUUCUGAAACUUGAAAGACCUGCCAUAGUCCAGAGUAUCACAUUUGGCAAAUAUGAGAAAACACAUGUCUGCAAUUUAAAGAAGUUUAAAGUCUUUGGUGGGAUGAAUGAGGAAAACAUGACAGAUCUCUUAUCCAGUGGCUUAAAGAAUGAUUAUAACAAAGAAACAUUCACCUUGAAGCAUAAAAUUGAUGAACAGAUGUUCCCCUGUCGAUUCAUUAAGAUAGUUCCACUCUUAUCCUGGGGACCUAGCUUCAAUUUUAGUAUCUGGUAUGUUGAACUUAAUGGCAUUGAUGAUCCAGAUGUGGUCCAACCGUGCCUCAACUGGUACAGCAAGUACCGUGAACAGGAAGCCAUUCGCCUUUGCCUAAAGCAUUUUCGUCAGCACAACUACACCGAAGCUUUUGAGUCGCUGCAGAAGAAAACCAAGAUUGCUCUGGAGCACCCUAUGCUGACAGACCUGCAUGACAAACUGGUGUUGAAGGGAGACUUUGAUGCUUGUGAAGAACUGAUAGAAAAAGCUGUGAAUGAUGGCUUAUUCAAUCAGUAUAUCAGUCAACAAGAAUACAAACCUCGCUGGGGGCAGAUCAUCCCAAAAAGCUCCAAAGGUGAUGGGGAAGACAGCCGACCAGGGAUGAGAGGUGGCCAUCAGAUGGUUAUAGAUGUUCAGACAGAAACUGUUUAUUUGUUUGGUGGCUGGGAUGGAACUCAGGAUCUGGCUGACUUCUGGGCAUAUAGUGUGAAGGAAAACCAGUGGACCUGUAUAUCCAGGGAUACCGAGAAGGAGAGUGGUCCUAGUGCCAGAUCCUGUCACAAGAUGUGCAUUGACAUUCAACGACGGCAGAUCUACACGCUGGGACGCUAUCUGGAUUCCUCUGUGAGGAACAGCAAAUCUCUGAAAAGUGACUUUUAUCGCUAUGACAUUGACACAAACACAUGGAUGUUACUAAGUGAAGACACUGCAGCGGAUGGAGGUCCAAAGCUGGUGUUUGAUCAUCAGAUGUGUAUGGAUUCUGAAAAACACAUGAUAUAUACCUUCGGAGGCAGAAUUCUGACCUGCAACGGCAGUGUUGAUGACAGCAGAGCCAGUGAACCGCAGUUCAGUGGGUUGUUUGCUUUCGACUGCCAGUGUCAGACAUGGAAACUUUUGAGAGAGGAUUCCUGUAAUGCUGGACCUGAGGAUAUCCAGUCCCGAAUAGGACACUGUAUGUUGUUCCAUUCUAAAAAUCGCUGCUUAUAUGUAUUUGGUGGCCAGAGAUCGAAGACUUAUUUGAACGACUUCUUCAGUUAUGAUGUAGACAGCGACCAUGUGGAUAUCAUAUCAGACGGCACUAAGAAAGAUUCAGGGAUGGUUCCAAUGACGGGUUUCACUCAAAGGGCUACUAUUGAUCCAGAACUGAACGAAAUCCACGUCUUGUCAGGGCUCAGUAAAGACAAGGAGAAGCGGGAAGAGAAUGUAAGGAAUUCCUUCUGGAUUUAUGACAUUGUGAGGAACAGCUGGUCUUGUGUCUAUAAAAAUGACCAAGCAGCAAAAGAGAAUCCAGGUAAAAGCCUUCAGGAAGAGGAGCCCUGCCCGAGGUUUGCUCAUCAACUGGUGUACGAUGAGUUGCACAAGGUUCAUUACUUAUUUGGAGGGAAUCCUGGUAAGUCCUGCUCUCCAAAGAUGAGAUUAGAUGAUUUCUGGUCUCUGAAGCUCUGUCGACCUUCAAAGGAAUACCUGCUAAGACACUGCAAAUACCUCAUAAGAAAGCACAGGUUUGAAGAGAAAGCUCAGACUGACCCUCUUAGUGCACUGAAGUACCUGCAGAAUGAUUUGUAUGUAACUGUGGAUCACUCAGACCCUGAGGAGACAAAAGAGUUUCAGCUUCUUGCCUCAGCAUUAUUUAAGUCUGGCUCGGAUUUCACCACUCUUGGAUUUUCAGAUGUUGACCACACAUAUGCGCAGAGAACUCAGCUGUUUGAUACACUAGUCAACUUCUUUCCGGACAACAUGACCCCUCCUAAAGGCAACUUGGUAGACCUCAUCACGCUGUAACGAAGCAAUCACUGGACAUGUGACAAGAGGGGAAAAGCAUCCAUUUUCAGUAUUUUAAUUUUUUUACUGCAUUGAUUGACUGCUGGGAUGAAGUAAUAUAGUAACCCCUAGAUGUUUGGAAGGGGUUUUAUACUUGUAUGGUGAAUCCCUGAAGCUUUUCCCUUGGAGUAGGUUAAUAAAAUGUAACUGACGUACUGCUGACUAAAUAUAUAUAUUUUUUCUGACUUUGGAUUUUGAGUUAGCAAAUGGAAGAUGAAAAGGUGGGGGGAAAGAAAAACAAUAAUAAAACCCAAACAUGC